AUAAUCAUAUGUUACUACCGCGAAUAAUCAUGCAGUCACAGUUUCUGAUGGGUCACAGCUUUCGGUGCAACACCGGUUUCAGGGGCCUGAGGAGAGAAUACUGCAGUUGGACCCUCUUGUGAAAAAAUAUGUUCGUGAAUCUCAUUAUGAACUACUUUACCCAUAAUUCCCUUCGCGAUCUAAACAGACUGAAUGUUGAAGAAGCUGCACAGGCGCAUGAGGUGGAUUUUGAUUCGAUCGACUAUAUGUAGAGCUUGAUCGCUGCUGAGUCUGGGUAGAUGUAGAGCUAAAUGGUAGACGACAAGCCGGAGAAGCAGUUAAUUAGAGCUACCUAUCAAUAGUUAUAGAAACUUGUACCCGGCGAAACUGUCCGGCUCAAACUGUGAGCACAAAUUCAAAUGGUUUAGCUGGCUAAUAAUACGCUUUACUGUUUAAUGCUGAACACAUACGAUAAACGAAUAGGCUAUGUGAUACAUUUUGAGCGUCAAGAUACCUAAAUCUAAUUAGCGACAGAGGAGUCAUACCCUCAAGCUGUGUGGUUACCCAUAGUGAUGGUGACGCUGCCUGAAGUAUUUAGCUGAGAAAACAACAACAUGACUUCCAGGUUGAAGAAAGGCCCGAUAAGUUCAAUUGAUGACAUGCUGGGAGAUCUCCUUGCAGAUGAGGGAUACCAAGUCAGUUCUCGGAGCCCUGGAUCCUCUCUAUACGCACGCAGGGGGAAAUGCUCACUACUGGAUGACGACUUCUUCAGCAAACUGGCUGAGGAGGUGGCAAAUGAUGAUGUGGACUCUGAUGUGUCUGAAGCUGAUCCAAUGGCUCUGCUGGAGAGUAUGAAAGACAUGGAUGAUAUGGACGCUGACCUGUUCAAACCAAAGAAGAAGCCGAGUUCAGCUCCAGCUCAGAGCUGUGGAGGAGCCCAGGCGGAGCCUGCUAAACCAAACACAACCUCCAGGGGGCCAGAAGAGGCCCUGGGGGUGAAACCUGGUUCUGCCCCAGCAUCGACGGCACGGGGCUACAAGAAGUUCAGCUUCACUGACUUGGACGACCCCUUGGCUGACCUACUGGACGACCUGCCGCUGGAGUCUCCAGAGGAGCAGAGCAGAACCAGAGGGGCUGCUGGUCCAGAGGGGGCCCUGCUGUCAGCCCCAAAUGCCGCCGCCAGGAAGGAGACUGCUCCAGCAAAGCAGCUGUCUAGGAAACGUGAGGAGCUGAUGUUUGAGGAUGACGAGGAUGACUUGAUGUUUGCGCUGGGUUUUGGAGAGAGUCCCAAGGAGAGCCCCAUGAAGAAGGAGAGGGUCCUCAUACCAAGGAAGGAAAGCAGCGAUCCCCAGCAACGUGCACGCACCAGGCUGGACGAGAUCCUUGGGCGAGGCACCUCCCCACGCCUGCUAGAGCGCCCCCCUACAGGCGAGAGGAAGGAACAGCAGGACAGGCAGGGGAAGACUCCCAGCUCUAAAGACCCAUUACUGGAGGAGGACUUGAUGUUUGGCUCAUACCAGCCCACCCUGGCCUCCACCCCCGAGGGCCGCCAGUCACGCAGACAGUCUGUCCGAUUCUCCACAGAGGAUGUGAGCGCCUCGUCUCCUGAGAAGAAGUGUAAAACGUCCACCACUCCCUCCACCUCUCCGCCCCUUUCCCAUGCCGCUGCAGACUGGCUCGGCCUGAAGGUGGAGGACAGCGCUGGGGGAGGAGAGGAGGACCCUGCAUCUGCACCUCCCUCAUCUGAGAGGAACAACCUGUCUGCUCCCGCAACCGAGCCAACCGUAGAGGUGUCAGGGCCAAACCCCAUCAUCCCAACCCCCUCUGCUACCUCCUCUAAGCAACCUCAAGCUGAGGCCAGUCACAGGAAGGAGGAAGAUGAUUGGCUUGCAGGGGCUUUAAACAAUAAGAAGUUUCAGGUGACACAGUCAAGAAAGCAGAGAAGCUGGCAGGAGGAGAUCCUGGGUCUAGGGGAGCCCUGCCCCCCUCCCCCCGCCCAGCCUGGCCCCCCUUAUCCCUUGGCCUCCGACCGAGAGCUCCCAUCCAGAUCUGUUCCUCUGCACAGCCAAGACCAGCGUGCACCUGCAGCCCUAACCCAGCAGCAGUUCAAACUACUGGGGCUAGGGGGUGCUGUGGAUGUGUCAGGACUGCAGCAGCAAGCCAAGAAGAAGGAGGAAGAGCAGGACCUGUGGGCUCGCAUCAUCCAGCUGGAGGGACAGGUGAGAGUCCUGCAGCUGGAGAGGGACCAGACUCAGAUGCAGCUGGAGAGCGCCCAGCAGAGACACAUACAAGACACUGAGCUGAUGGAGAAUGCACACAGGGCCAGGGUGCAGCUGCUGGAAGAGUCUGCGGGGCAGCAGGAGGCACAGGCGCGGCAGGAGGCUGAGAACCUGCAGGAACGUCUGUCCGACCUGACCCGGCUGGCCCAGCUGGAGAGGAACCAGCUGCAGGAGCAGCUGCAGCACCGCCUGGCCCACGCACAGCUGGACCGAGACAGGGAGGUGGAGAGACUACGAGACCUGCAGAGGACGUCUAUUCUAGAGAUGAAGAAGGAUCAUGAGGAGCAGGUCCAGACAUUGAAGAGGCUGAAGGACGAGGAGAUCGACGCUGUGACUAGCGCCACCUCCCAGACCAGGUCCCUUGCUGGGGUGAUGGAGCAGAUGGAGCAGUUCUCGUGCCGCCUGGGGGAGCUGGUGGAGAACAGCAAGGAAAGCACGACCCAGGGUCUCCAGCAGGGGGCGCAACACAGGGAUGAGCAGCUACGCAUGCUGCAGGGCAUAACCCUAACCGUGGAGGAGGAGAGGGUUCGUCUGCAGCAGCUCGUCUCCAAGAUGGACACUCAGCUAGCUGAGCAGCACAGACAACUGGAGAAGGAGAGGUGGAGGGUGACUGCCGAACAGGCGAAGGCAGAGGCUGCUCAGCGAGGCCUGGAGGAGGAGAGGCGGAGCCUAACCCAGCAUGUCGCCAUGGAGAGAGAGGAACUGGAGAGGGCCAAGACGACCCUGCUGGAGCAGCAGCAGGGGGUGAUGCAGCAGUGUGCGGAGGAGAGGCGGAGGCUGGCGGCUGAGUGGAGCCGCUUCCACAGCCAGGAGAGAGAGCAACAGACCAGGGCAGAGAGGGAGGCCAGCCGUGCCCUGGAGAGGGAAGCCAACAGGGAGGCAGCCCUUAUCAGCAUGGCACAGGAGCAGGCAGAGCUGAAGCUGCGUGCUGGGGAGCUGAAGCAGAGGGAGGAGUCAGUGACCCGGGAGAAGGAGGGGCUAGAGAGACAGAGGGCGGAGCUAGAGAGGGAGAAGGAGCGACUGAGUGGCCUGGCUCUGACUCUGAAGACCCGCGCACAGGAAGUGGAGGCCUUCAGCAAGCUGGCAUCAGAGAGGCAUGAGGAGGGGGCGAGGGCGCUGCAGGAAGCCAGGAGGGUGGAGCAGGAGCACCAGGCCAGGCUGCACUCCAUACACGCCCAUCUGGAUGCACUCAGGCAGCAGGAGCAGCAGCUGCACCAGGAGAGGGUGAGGAUGACUGAUCAGCGCAGAGGGAUGGAGAUGAGACAGGGCCUUCCCGGCCCGCCUCAGCUGAACACUACAGACUUCAGCCCCAUGUUGCUGGCUCCCCAGAUGGCCUCCACCCUGGAACCCGCUGCCCUCCCCUCCAGCCCCGAGGCCACAGAGCUGCAGGCCAGGCUUGCCCUGCUCAGACACACAGCUCAGAAGGACCAUGACUUCCUGCACGACGAGCAGUACUUCCUGAACUCACUGAAGAACAACACCCCAUACCACUCUGCCUUCCACACAGACUGACCCAGCUGUCACAUUCCAUUAACUGACUCAUUAAACAUAAAAUGGGAUUUAAAUCGUUUUUAUUAGAAAAGCUAUAGUACAGACUGCAUUUCAUAGUCAGAAUAACAGGUCAGUGGUGGGUGUUUUUUCCAUGGUACCAGAUGUGGCGAACAGCCUUCCAGGGAGCACCGUGGCCAUCCUCUGCACCUGGCAAGCAGAACCCUGGUUAGGACGCACUCAGAGGGAACAUCAUCUUAGCAGUGAUGAAUCUAGCCUCAGGUUACCAUGACUCCACAAGAAAGUUCAGACAGGGAUAACUUGUUUCAUCACAGGCUUGUUAAUCUAGUCAAAGUCAACCAACAGUAGAUACCUGGUCUUGCAUGACCCUCAGUCAAUGUUGGAUACCUGUGGAGAGGCAAACCGAUUGAAAUACAGAUAGUCACUAACCGUAGUUCGUCAGUAACAUCACUACGUGAUGCACUUAGCAUGACGCUAGUGCAUCAUGCUGACACCAAGCUACAGGCUAGCUUAGGGAUGCUAGUGCUACAGGCGGGCGACUCUACAGGCUACCUGGGAGAGGCUAGAGCUAACAGGCUAGAGCUAACAGGCUAGGCUUUGGCAUGCUUACCUGAUUGCAAUCAUCUUUCGACAUGAUCCUGGGGAGGCCAGAGUGCACGCUACAAAACAUGGAGACUUAAUUAGAGAAAACGCUUACUGUAAUGGUUCAUAUGACUGCAAGUUCACUGCUGCACGCAGUCAGGUUACCAUGUACUUCAACAGUGGUUGUUCAGACAGGGAUAACAAAUUCAUCAUUCACUUUGCCUUUGAGACAAAGACAUGCAGUUAAGUUAAAAAAAAAAAGUUGCAGAUUCCUAGCGUAUAAAGCUAGCUACACUCGUCACAUCGGUAACCUACCUUGGUGUACGCGUAGACUACGGACAGCAUGUCGUUUGAAUACACGUGUUCGACGUUAAUAUCCAAAAGGCGGCCCGCUGGCAAAGGCCAACUAGCUAAAGUUAGCUGUAGUACCUGUGAAAGAGCAUCCAAACGUGCAUUUUGGUAGUUAAUGAAAUUAUAAGCACCAAUACUUCGUGGUCAUUAUUAUUACCCAUUUCAUUAAGUUAGCUAUCCAGCUGUUGCUAUGCUUUCCGAUAGCAUGUUGGCCUCCCCUGUCCGUUACUGGCUAGAACUCUUUCUUUGGAAAUUGUUGCUAGUUAAUGUGGCGUACUCACAUUAAAUCCCUCUCAGGGCGGCUUGUCAGUAGUUGAAAUCGACAUGCAGCUUUGUCUUUGCAUAAUGAGGACAAAAAAAGCACAC